AUGAGAAAAUCUAAACCCCUUUUCAACCUUCUCCACAACAACCAUAACCAAAACCCCAAUCUUUUUCACCUUCUCCUCAAACCCUUUUCUUCUCUCAACCAACAACCCCACCUCGUUUCACAAAUCUUCACCGUCCUUUCUCAACCCCAAUGGCGAAAAAACCCUUCUUUUAACACCUUAAUCCCUUCCCUAACCCCAACCCAUCUCUCUUCUCUCUUCAACCUCGACCUCCACCCUCUCACAGCUCUAAACUUCUUCAAAUGGAUCAAUCACCAACACGGAUUCAUCCAUACUGUCCACUCCUACCAACCCCUCCUUUUCAUUCUAGUUCGAAAUGGGUUCCUUCGUGCUGCGGAAAAUGUUCGAAACUCCAUGAUCAAGUCGUGUGAUUCCCCACAAGAAGCAAGCUUUGUUUUGAACCUAUUGCGGCUAAUGAAUACAACCCAUCAUGAAAAUCUCGCGUUUAAGCUCUCUGUUACUUCGUAUAAUAGACUUCUUAUGUUGUUGUCGCGGUUUGCUUUGGUCGAUGAAUUGAAUUUUUUGUUUAAGGAUAUGUUGGAGGAUGGGGUUUUGCCUAAUUUGAUUACUUUCAAUACUAUGUUGAAUGUUUAUUGUAAGCUGGGGGAUGUGGUUGUGGCCAAGGCUUAUUUUUGUGGAUUAAUAAAGAGUGGUUUUUGUUGUGAUACGUUUACUUAUACUUCCUUGAUAUUGGGUUAUUGUAAAAAUCAUGAAUUGGAGAAUGCUUAUAAGGUGUUUGAGAUUAUGCCGCGGGAGGGUUGUCGAAGGAAUGAGGUUUCCUAUACUAAUCUUAUUCAUGGUUUUUGUGAAGCUGGGAAGCUUGAUGAGGCUCUCGAGUUGUUCUUUCAAAUGAAGGAGGAUGGUUGUUUUCCAACUGUUCGGACUUAUACGAUUCUCAUAGCUGCAUUGUGCGAGUUGGGGAAGGAGGCGGAAGCUCUGAAGUUUUUUGAGGAGAUGGUGGAAAGACGUUGUGUGCCUAAUGUUUAUACUUAUGUUGUGUUGAUUGAUUAUUUCUGCAAGGUUGGUAAGAUGGAAGAGGGGAUGAAAAUAUUGAAAACAAUGUUGGAGAAAGGGUUGGUUUCUAGUGCUGUUCCAUUUAAUGCCUUGAUUUCUGGGUAUUGUAAACGGGCAAUGAUGGAGGAUGCCAUCGGUGUUUUGGAUUUAAUGAAGUCGAAUAAAGUUUGCCCAAAUGAACGAACUUAUAAUGAACUAAUUUGUGGGUUUUGUGGAAGAAAAAGCAUGGACAGGGCGAUGGCGUUGGUUAAUAGAAUGUUUGAAAGCAAGUUGUCUCCCAACCUUAUCACAUAUAACACCUUAAUCCAUGGGCUGUGUAAUGCGGGUGCGGUCGAUAGUGCUUGGCGGCUGUAUCAUAUGAUGAUUGAAGAUGGCUUCAUUCCUGAUCAGAGGACUUUUUGUGCUUUUAUAGACUGCCUCGGUAGAAUGGGAAAAGUUGUACAAGCACGUAAGGUCUUUGAGUCCCUCAAGGAAAAACACGUUGAAGCAAAUGAAUUCAUAUAUACAGCCUUGAUUGAUGGCUACUGCAAGGCUGAGAAAUUUGAUGAUGCCCGGUUAUUAUUCAAAAAGAUGCUUGCUGAGGGAUGUUUGCCGAACUCUAUCACGUUCAAUGCCUUGUUAGAUGGCUUGCGCAAAGAGGGGAAAGUGGAUGAUGCAAUAUUGUUUGUGGAUGACAUGGGAAAGUUUAAUCUGAAGCCUACUGUUCAUACAUAUACAAUUCUCAUUGAGGAAGUAUUGAGGGAAAGUGACUUCAACCGUGCUAAUAGAUUUCUUGACCUAAUGAUUUCAUCUGGAUGUCAGCCUAAUGUGGUCACAUAUACUGCUUUUAUUAAAGCAUAUUGCAGCCAAGGAAGAUUACAGGAUGCUGAAGAGAUGGUGGUCAAGAUUAAAGAAGAAGGCAUGGUACCCGACUGCAUGGUCUAUAAUUUAUUAAUGAAUGCUUAUGGAUGUAUAGGACAACUAGACAAUGCAUUUGGUGUUCUCAAACGCAUGUUUGGUACAGGUUGUGAGCCUUCAAUUCAAACACAUUCCAUUCUAAUGAAGCAUCUAAUGGUUGAAAAACAUAAUAUUUCAGUUGAUAAUGCCGAUAUAUGGAAGAUAACCGACUUUGAAAUCAUAACCACGCUCUUUGAGAAAAUGGUGGAACACGGCUGUGUGCCUAAUGUUAAGACUUACAACAAGCUUAUUAUAGGACUUUGCAAAGUGGAACACUUGUCGAUAGCCUUUAGGUUGUUGAACCAUAUGAGAGAAAAUGGAAUAAUUUCAUCUGAAGUUAUUCAUAAUUCUCUUCUAAGUGGAUGCUGCAAGUUGGGAAUGCACGAAGAAGCAUUGAGAUUGCUGGAUUCUAUGAUGGAGUGUAAUCAUUUAGCACAUCUAGAAUCCUAUAAGCUUCUCAUUUGUUGGCUAUUUGAACAGAGUAACAAAGAGAAGGCUGAAGCAAUUUUUCAUAGAUUACUAAGCUGUGGGUAUAAUUAUGACGAAGUGGUUUGGAAAGUCCUAAUUGAUGGUCUAGCUAAGAAAGGUUAUGUUGAUGAGUGCACACAAUUGCGGAACAUUAUGGAUAAAAAUGGUUGUCGUUUACAUCCCAAGACGCAAUCUAUGUUAACUCGGGAACUGAAUGGAACUUAA